AUAUCUUGCCGAAUUCAUUCUGGGAUUAAGAAAAAUGAUUUCUUCUUCCCAUUUGAUAGUUCCUCUUGUUUCCUUCAUUUUGUUCAUCAUUUUCCUCUUCAAAUGGUACAGCAAUCCUUCUUCAAAAGCCUUGAAAAGAUUGCCGCCAUCUCCACCAAAGCUUCCCUUGAUUGGAAAUCUUCAUCAACUAGGCCUAUUCCCACAUCGCUCACUGCACGCACUAUCCAAACGCUAUGGUCCACUGAUGUUGCUUCAUCUGGGCAGUGUGCCAGCACUUAUUGUCUCGUCUGCUGAUGCUGCUUGCGAGAUCAUGAAAAAUCAGGACCUGAUUUUCUCAAACAGGCCAAAAUUGAGCGUUAUUGACAAAGUUAUAUAUGGCUCUAAGGACAUAGCUUUUGCUCCUUAUGGUGAGUACUGGAGGCAGGUGAGAAGUAUAUGUGUGCUUCAUCUUUUGAGUAAUAAGAGGGUUCAAUCCUUUCGUCGCAUACGAGAAGAAGAAAUGUCCCUUAUGAUCGAGAAAAUUAGACAUUCUUCUUCAUCUUCGAUAAACUUGAGCAAUAUACUGGUGACGCUUACUAAUGAUAUUAUAUCUCGAGUGGCCCUGGGGAGGAAAUAUAGUGAUGGUGAAGCAGAAGGAAGCACAAAAUUUGAGUUAAUGUUGAAGGAACUGGCAGAGUUAUUAGGUACUUUUAAUCCAGGGGAUUACAUUCCAAGGCUUAACUGGAUUAAGCGUGUUACAGGUUUCGAAGCAAGAGUUGAGAAAUUGGCUAGACGGUUUGAUGAAUUUUUUGAAGGUGUAGUUGAAGAGCACCGAAAUAGAAAGAAAGGAGAGACGAAUCUGAAGGACAGCAGCCACGAGGCAGAUCUUGUGGACAUAUUGCUCGAAGCUCAGAGAGAAAACAUGGCUGUUUCCCCUAUUGAAAAUGAUACAAUCAAAGCUGUCAUUUUUGAUAUUUUUGCUGCUGGGACGGAUACAAUUUAUACUUCUUUGGAGUGGACAAUGGCAGAGCUUCUAAGGCACCCAAAAACGAUGGAGAAAUUGCAGAAUGAGGUGAGACAAAUAGCUGGAAGCAAACUAGAUAUAACGGAAGAUGAUUUAGAGAAACUUUCCUACUUAAAGGCAGUGAUGAAAGAGAGCCUAAGACUACAUCCUCCGCUUCCUUUGCUGCUCCCUCGAGAAUCUACCCAAGAUAGUUCAAUAUCAGGCUAUGAUAUUGCACGUGGAACCCGAGUAUUAAUCAAUUCUUGGGCAAUUGGAAGAGACCCAUUGGUGUGGGAAAAUCCUAAUGAUUUUCAGCCAGAAAGGUUUUUGAACACAGAAAUGGACUUUAGAGGGCUUAAUUUUGAGUACAUUCCAUUUGGUGCUGGUCGGAGAGGCUGUCCUGGCAUUACAUUUGCCAUAGCUGUUGACGAGCUUGCAUUAGCAAAAUUGAUACUUAAUUUUGACUUUGCCUUGCCAUUUGGAUUAACAGAAAAAGAUUUCGAUAUGAGUGAAGCCCCUGGAAACACUAUCACGAAAAAGUUUCCUCUAGUUGUGACCAUCAGUCCCCCUUCUUGAUAGUGCCUACUGAGAGUAUCAUCACCUCUACUCUUCAAAGUUCCCUCUUAAAAAGUAAAAUAUGUAGUUAUCAUGUUUGUAAUAAAAUCUCGAACCUAUUUGCAAUAGAAAAUUUGAAAUUAUUCACGGAUUGUCAUGUUGUCUUCAUUUAAAGGAAUUGAAAGUAAUUGGAAUGAAGGUUAUCAACAUGUAUUAUCAUAGUGGCACCUCAAAAUUUGAUAGA